ACAGUCAACCGCGAUCGACCACGGCAACCACUACCGACAACAACACCGUCGAAACUACUCUACACCACAUCAUAAGCUCGAGAAUUUCCACUCACACGACAUGUCCGCAACACUGAUCGUAUUCGCGGCUUUUGCCGUGGCCACCACCCUGGCUGUCUACAAAGAGCCCACAUACCCAGCGGCUGCACCCGCCUACUCUUCGAACCAGGCACCUGCCUACUCAUCACAUCAGGCACCUGCCUACCAGGCGCACGGAUAUUCCGCCGCCUCGGCUUAUCGUGCAGCUCCGGCUUACCCUUCAUACUCGGCUCCAGCCUACCCCGCCGCCCCGGCAUACCCAGCCGCUCCGGCAUACCCAUCCGCACCGGCCUACCCAGCCGCACCGGCCUACCCGGCCGCACCGGCUUACCCGGCCGCACCAGCCUACCCGUCAUAUCCCGCCGCACCUGCCUACCCAGCAUACCCAGCAGCACCAGCAUACCCAGCAGCAUCAGCAUACUCCGCCGCACCAGCCUACCCAGCCUACCACGCAGCACCUGCUUACUCGGUGUACCAGGCCGCACCAGCAUACCAGGCAUACCAGGCCGCACCGGCCUACCAGGCCGCGUCCGCAUACCAAGCAGCACCGGCUUACCACGCCGCGCCUGCUUACAACAAACCAACGGCGUACAACUCCGCAGCCGCUUACUACAAACCGGCUCAGUAUUCCGCACCUAAGCCGUACGCCGCCACCGCCGCCGCCCCGUCGUCCCCGUCGCCGUACAACUUCCAAUACAGCGUGCACGACUCACACACCGGUGACAUCAAGAGCCAGACCGAGUACGCUGACGCCAACGGUUACGUCAAGGGCACGUACAGUCUGGUGGACGCGGACGGCAGCAAGCGCACCGUAGACUACACCGCCGACGACCACAGCGGUUUCAACGCGGACGUCAAGAAGGAGGGCGGAUACGCCGCACCAUCGCCGUCGCCGGCCACCUACAAGCCCGCUUACUGAUGGGCCGCGACUGCCAACGUUCGCCGAACGUCCCACUCGUCGUUCACUUAAUAAUUUUAUCAUAAUUAUAUUAUAGCAUCGUCGUUACACAUAAUAUUGUGAUUAUAUACCGCGUUCCGAGUGCGGUUGUGGUACACCGCAGUUGUGAUGGUGCACUAUAUGUGAUACAUUGUCGUCCUCUUACUAUUAUAAUAUUAUCAUUGUUAUUAUGUGUUUUUUGUAAAUAAAUUUCAUACGUAUUGUAACGGAUAAAA